CAUCAUGGUAUCUUUUUUCUACAUCAAUUGCCACUAUUCUCGCGGUUUUCCUCGUCCGCUUCUCGUUCAAAUUGACAUGCGGCCCCCGCUCAAGUGCCCGUCUCCCUGGCACGGGCGUGCACCUUUCCGCCGACAUUCUCCAAGCUUAUCAUUCCAUUGACCGGUCGGCCCUGCACUGCCCGCGGUCCGCCUGACCGGUGUGUGCCCGGACGAAGCUGCAUCUUCUUGCCUCAGCACGCGCGAAUCCGUGGCAAUCCCCGCUCCCUGCACCUUCUAACAAAAGCAUUGGUCACAAGACUCAAAAUGGCGACCAUCGUCUCGUUCGCGGGCCCGGCGCAUCCUUUAGGUUAUGAUCACUUCCCCUUCGAUGCCAACAACAUCCCAACUCUUGAAGACCUGGCUAUGAUGGAGCUGUGUGACAACGCCCAUCACCAUGCUUCACCACUCGACUGGUGUAUGGUAGACCCGCCAUCCGCGGAUGCAACUGCCGGUCCGUCUUCCGCCUCCAGAAACUCGCCGUCCUUCUCACCCCCAAGCCCUCGUCCGUGCGGCAACAAUGAUUGGUACUACUCGCUCGAAAGACCAGGGGAUUCGUCCGAAUUCUCCGGCACCAGUCCUGCCUCCAGCUGGAACGGUGCAGCGCGUGCGGGAGGUUCUUUCCCUUUCUCUCCAGGUCCGAUUGGUGUGCCCGCUGCACCGGUGAAUGGUUCGCCUCCUCUGGGCAGCCCUGGAGCUUCGCACGCCUCUUCCCUCGUGCCUCUUGCCUCGUCUACUCCGAGAAGCUUGACCGCUGCUCCCUCGGACCUUGACUGUGGGAAUGGUCAUGCCGAUCAGCUUCGUGACCUUUCCAACAGCUUACAAGCUCCGCCCACCGCUGCUUAUGCAACAGCAGACGAGCUCAACAGUUACCUAAACAACUCGCUCGUCGAGGCUGGGGGUUUUGGCAAUCUCUAUGCGUCGGAAGUCUAUGAGCGCCCUGCAGCCUUUCACGCGCUUCCACACGACCUGUUUGCGUACGCUUCCCUCGAUGCUGACGCGCAGCCCAAUCACGCCAGUCUACACUACCAAGAGCUCCUGCGACAGCAAAAUCAUGCCCUCGUGCAGCAAUACCAUGAGCUACACUAUGAAGUAGCAGCCUGGCGCUCGAUCGCACAGCGCCAUACUCAUAUCGAAAGUAUCACGGGUGAUCAAAUCCCCCCAAUCUCAUCAGACUGGAACGUACAACCGAGACAGACAAACAACAAGCGACCAGGUGCGUCUGCCACUUUACAGCCACGAGUGUUCGCACCUACGCCACAGUUCGGGCCCAACGGGAUACCACACACUGGCUCGUUUAUCGGGCUUCGCAAAAGGCCGUCGCAACCACAGACACUGCGGCCAGGCGCCACAGCCGCUACCCUACCCAUCACACAAUCUUCGGGCCAGGAGCGCUCACUACAACCACCGCAGGCUGGCGCGGCCGUCAGUGCCAACAGCCGCAGAUACCCCAUCUUGUUGAAAGCGAAACCGCCUUCCGGGCCCAGAAACACUGCCCAAGAGACGACGGUGCAGCGUCGCAAAGGCGGGCGGGCAAAGAAGCUCGAAGAGCCAAUCAGGCAGAAGAUAUCAAAGAUGCGUCGUGCCGUUGCGUGUUGGAGAUGCAAGAUGCAGAGGGACGAGUGCGACGACCAGCGCACAUGCGGACGUUGCGUGGCGAGCGCCCAGAAGGGUCAGCUCUACUUUGCAUGUAACCGAUCAAAGCUGGAGGAAUUUGUCAGUGACUUUCUGCCACCCACGAUGACCAUGAUGCAUGCGCGGCAGACCAUCGAGGAUACCGUGGGCGCUGAGGUGGGAGGAUGGAAUAGAGACAAUCCCAUCCAAGUAUUCCUCACCAGUGGCUACGGUUCUGCCUUGGCCUGGCAGGUCUACGAGUUCAAGCCCAAGUCUCAAGAGCUUCUAGGCCAGUAUCAGUAUUUCCGAAACCCCGAGACCGGCGUCUCGGUGCGCGAGUAUAAGUAUUCGCCUCCGCUUGGCCUGAUGUCGCUGGACGAUGGGGACAGGGCACAUGUCGACAACUACCUAGACGAGUUGAUGACGGAAGAAUACUUGUGGGAUCUCGGCUGGACUUGCUUUGAAUUCGAUGCGCAAUCGGACGAGACCGCCUUCCAGCCCAACCUGUUGCACUUCAUGUGCAACCUAUACCUGGAAACCGAGGAUGACGAACUGAAGAACGUCCUGCAAAACAUCAUCCGAAUGAUGAUCAUCACCUAUAUAAUGGGCCACACGCUUACUAUCGUCGAAGACACCCUCCCCAGUGUUCUAGCAGAGGUCACGCUGUCCGAUCGCCCGAAGCAAUUUACAAGCCACACCUCGCCUCGCCUCGCGAAUCGCCAACUCAAGUUCUUCUUCUCCAUCCUCCGCACCUCCAUCUACGGCGCCAUGCUGAAAUGGCAACACCGCGUCUUCUUCUCCAGCGGCCUGAAGGAGAGCACCUGGCUGGCGUCCUUCUGCGCUAUGCUUGGCUUUGCAAUGGUCUUGGAAGAGAUACAGUGCACUUUGCAAAUCCAAGCGGACGCGAAGAUCCAAAGAGGAGAGAUGGCGCCCCAUCCGGCUUAUGUUGAAGCGAGCAGCGCGUGCGAGCGAAUCGAUGGCCGGUUCAAAUUCCUCGUUGAUUUGUUUCAAUGCAAAUAUCGCGACAAGACCUGGGUAGAGGAUGGGAGUUUUGGUCCUGGUACUCCAAAACUAGAAGGGCUGGCGGAGAAUCAUUUCCUCAAGCAGUUACGAGACCUGGUUGAUGAGAAGCGUAAGUGGAUGGAGAGAAAAGGUCUCCAAAUGUAGACUGACGGGCUCUGCAGGUGACUAUCUCGCAAGCCGGCGAACUGUGGAAUGCUUGCCGGACGACCAAUCUCGCUACACAUCGCGGCUGGUGGCGCGCUUCUUGUUCACCGUUUUGAAUCUGCCGGGCUAGACGUUUGGAGAUUAC